AUGCUUCACUACUGGCCCCGUGUCAGCAUGGCUCUUACAAUUAGAGAUAUUGACCCUCUGAAAUACGUCGAAGAAACACAUGGCGCGGGUCUGCCACCCCUUGUUCACGACUGCGAGAUCGAGGUGGAUUUCGAAGUCGUCCAGGCCUUGCUCGGACAGGCCGAACAGAAUUGCACUGGCAUCGACUACCUCCUCUACGAUCUACUUCAGCGCCACUCAAAUAUCAUCACGGUGCUCCGGCAGCCGCUAGCCCCUAUCGUCUCAUCACCAACCAGCGUAGUUUCUAGGCAGUUCAGCUGCGAACAGCUGCUUACGAUCAACCUCGCAGCCCGUCAAGCCCGGAAUAUACUGGAUGGCGAAAGUAAGGCUGUUGCCCAGAAGAUCGAGGACUGGUCUUUCCAGUGUGCCAAUGCGAAGAUCACAGAGUUGUUGUUUAAAUCCGAUGAUGAGUCGGUCCUAUUUCUUCUUUUGUGCGCCUACAUCCUGAUGAGUGAUGCAUAUCCCAUAGGGGCUCUCAAGCUGAUCCAGGCAGCCGGUGACCGACUUGGACGCUGCAGCCGUAGCGAAAUCCUGCUUACGAUGGACGGUCUACCCUCUGAGCCUGUUUCCGCUGCCCUCAACCAAAUUUCCUAUAUCAAGACCUUGAAAGAGGUUGAGACUGGCUACGUUAACCUCUCCGUGGCCGAGAUCGCCAAGCUAAAGCUCAGCGAGCAUAUAUCCGAGACGACUUUCGCCAUUUGCGGUAUUCAGAACAAGGUGCUCACUCAGGUCUAUUCGAUCGAACAGGCAUAUUCCAGACCAUCAAUGCUCGCGCACGCAAUCUCAGACCUGAAAUCGCAGUUAUGCGCAUGGUUUGACGCGCUGCCAUUGGAAUGGCACUUUCCUCGAGAUUUGAGUAGCGUCAUGUCUAUGCCCAGGCCAGCAACGAGUUUCUUGUGUGCGGCCUUACUAAUUGUCGACGAAAAACCAAUGGCCUCUGCAAAUCCCGGCCGUUUCCAGAGGGACUGGUUCGAAGUGCACAUGUUUGUUCAAUCACCCGGAAUUCGCAAAGAAGAGAGGCUGAUCCCGCACAGGAUAUGGGGCGCUGCCUUGACAUUGGUAGUCGCAGUUGCGACACCGUCGCUUGCCAAGUUUUUGCCCAAACACGGCAAUUCAACAGAUUCAAUGAGCCUCCUAAACUUGGCUGAGGAGAUCCUCCAAGCCGCGUCUCAGCAGAGCGGUGUCAUCGCUCGCUGCACUGCGUAUCUUCGCAACGUCAAGGAAAACAUGAACAAUAACGAUAACGAUAAUAAUAACCCCCUGAUGCACGAGGAAGUAUUAGAUGAGGCUUAUCACGAUCCAGAGGGCGUUGAGGAGACUAUGCUUUAG